AUGGCGACCUCCUCCAAGAGGUGCAAGGGUGUGGCUAAAAUCUAUCAUUACAUAAUUUCUCUGCCACCUGAACUUACAGAACUGGAAACACAAAUUUCAGAAGUUAUUACCCCUGAAGAGAAGCCACGUAAUGUGAAAGUGCCAAAAACUGCAACUAAUUCAUCCAUUGAACAUAUAUUUCCCCUUCAAGAUGUGUCCCUUCCAAAUGAAACAGUACCUAAUAGAUUUGAAUAUUUUUCUCUAGAAAAUCUCUGCACUCAAAGUAAUGAAGAAGCAGUUGUCAUGCCACAUGUUGAAGGAAGCACAUCUGAAACAGAAGUUUCUGAUACAAACAUUUCUAACAAUUCAACCAAUUAUUUUGACUAUGAAACUCUCCAAGACCUAUUGAUAAUUGAAAGUGAUGCCCCUCUGCUGACUUCUGGCUCUGAAAGCUGUGUGACUAAUUCUGACUCUGACAGAGGCAUUGGUAUGGACUCUGACUUAGAACAACACUCAAAAGAUUCAAACUCAAUAACAUGGGGAAUGGACUCAGAUUCAGAAAAAUGUCCCGUGGACCCGGACUCUCAGAAACACCUGCUGGAAGCAGAAAAAUUCCAGAUGUCAUCAAACCUAGAGCAACACCUAGUUGGAAUUGAACAAUGCCAGCUGGAAUUUGACUCUCUGAAACACCAUAUCGACCCAGAUUCAGAAAAAAGCCUGGCAGACUCUGAUUCUGAAAAAUAUGUGAUGGCUUCUGACAACGAAAGACCCAGGAUAGACUCAGACUCAAAAAAAUACCCCAUGGCUUCUGCAUCUGUGAAACACCUGCUGAAGGCAGAAAAAUGCCAAAUGGCCUCAGAUUCUAUAAAACGCUUCAUGGAGUCUGAAAAAAAAAUAAUGGAGACUGAGCAACACUGGCUAAUCUCUGCAUCUGAGAGAUAUGUGAUGGACUCAUACAUGGAAUGGGAUGCAAUAGACUCAGACUCUGCAUCUGGGAUAUAUCUGAUGGAGGAAGGAAAACACCAGAAGAUUAGAGCUGAGAGACAUAUAAUGGACUCUGACUUUGAACCAUGUAGGAUGGACUCAGACUCAAGAAGAUAUGAGCUAGCCUCAGCCUCUGUGAAAUGCCUCAUGAAUGCUAACACAGUCCAGUUGAGCACUGAAACUGAGAGGCAUUAUGUAGAUUCUUGGUCUGUUAGACACACAAUGGACUUGGAUUCUGAAAGCCUGGAUAUGAGCUCUGAUUCAGUGAAUCCCAUAAUGAAGGCUGAAAAUUGCCAAAGAGCCUCGGACUUGGAAAGAUUCUGGAUGGGCCUUGGGUAUGAAUUUGAAAGAUACGUGACUAGCUCUGAAAGACAACAGUUGAACUUUGACUAUAGUAGAUGCUGGAACAGCUCUAGAAAAUACCAACACAGAUCUUCAGGACUUCAGGAUAGCUCUGGAAGAUGUCAAGAAGGCCUUCAAAAGCACUGGGGUAAGUUUGAAAGACAUCAAAUAGACUCUGAUUCUGAAAAACAUGAAACAGAUUUUGAAAAUGAAAGAUAUCAAAAUGAAUUUGAAAGUGAAAGACAUACACACAUGAUGGAGAUGGAACAGUCUCUGUUGCACUCUGAAAAUGAGAGACUUCAAAUGGAUGAAGAAAGGGAGAAAUACCUUAUAAAGUCUGAUGGUGAAAAAGAGCACAAGAUCAUAUCUGACAAUGAAAGACACGACCUUGACUCAGAAGAUGAGGCACAACGGCUUGGUGCUCGCAGAAAAGCUAACCGUCCUCAGG